AUGCCAGCUGAAUGGCUUCAGUGGUUGCAUGCAGCAGACAUCCCUGCUGUUGAGCGCCAACGUCAUCCAGAACUUGUCAUUGAAGUGCUUCAGUGCUAUGAUGCGGCUACCAACUACGCCCACCGGCGACACAAGUUCAUCAGGGUUCCGCCAGACCAGCUGCCAACGGUUGCAUCUGAAGCGGUAACAAUUAAGGGAGCUCCUGUUCAAGGCUCAUUGACAAAAGGUUGGUGGAUAGGUAACUAUCUUGAUGAUAAAAUCAGUUUACCAAAAGUAUGA